GCAUUGUUAAAUCAGUUGCCUCAAAAUUGUUUAAUAAAGUUGAUUGAAUUUUUAUCGCAAAUAAAAUGGCAAAUCAAUUGUUCAUGUUGAUGACUGUGUUGUCAGUCGUUGCCAUUGCGUUGGCACAAACAUCACAAUUACAAAAAUCUGAACCAGAACCACAAGUUAUUCGUGAAACAAAUAACAACGAUGGCUCUGGAAAUUAUUUAUUCACUUACGAAUUGGAUAAUGGCCAAAUCUUUUCUGAAACGGGACAGUUAAAAACGAUUGGCGAACAACAAGCAGUAGUCAAAAGUGGUGCGUACUCUUUUGUUGGAGCUGAUGGCAUAACAUAUUGGGUCACUUACUAUGCAGAUGAGACUGGAUUUCAUCCAACAAUUGGUACUGGACCGGGUGGCAUCGAAAAAGGAGCUAAUGCAAAAGUUCACUGAAAUCUUUACUCUCUAAAUAAUGUAGAUAUAGAAACACAAUGAAUUCCUCGGACAAGUAUUCUUUAAAAAAAUCUGAUUUACUACAAAGUUGUUUCAAGUGAUAAAUAAAGGUGAACGCAAACUCGAGAAUAAAAUCAAUCAAUUAUCAACCGAAA